AUGUCCAUGCUAGACGUCCUUGACCUCCCGCAACUUUACACCAAGCCCUCCGCCGAGGCCCUCCUUGACACGCUCGCACUCCUCACCACCGCUCCCCGAUCAUGGGAAUACACAAACAUAAGUGAUACAGAUGGCAACGGGGUGGAUGCUCGCAAGCCAGUAGUCCAGGUCAAUCCAGAGGGCGUCACGCGAUACCUCACCACUAUCAUCAGUAGCGGCUUGCAAUGGAUUGAAGACGAUGAGGUCAAGGAGCAAAUUUGGGAUCAAGCCAGCGCCCGACUUAGCGAGCGAUCCGGUCGAUCUGCAAUGAGCACCAUGUCGCGCACUUUCCAGAUCCCUACCUCUGCCGAUUCGUUCGAGCUCAAAAUCCAUGAGCCUGCCAUGACAGGCGACGACCUGGGCCUGAAGACAUGGGCUGCUUCAUACAUGCUUGCGAAGCGCCUUAAAACUUUCAAUCUUGUGUCUUCGGAAACACAAGACAGGCUACAAGUCUUGGAGCUUGGAUCGGGCACCGGCUUGGUAGGACUGGCAAUGGCCGGCUUGGGUGCAGACGUCGUUCUGACAGACUUGCCUAGCAUCUGCUCAAACCUGGCCUACAAUGCGCAGCAGAACCGCGAGAUUGUUAGUCUCAAUGGUGGAACAGUCCGUACGGCUAAGCUUGACUGGACAGAUCCCACUUCUUGUGAGCCUUUGCCAGACGACGACAACGGUACCAACGAUAAUGCAGCUAUUCCUACCAAAUUUCCCUUGAUUCUUGCUGCAGAUUCGCUAUACUCUCCACACCACCCGCGCAUGUUGGUCGAUACUAUCGGCGCUUGGCUUUCUCCAGAUGAUAACGCUAAAGUAAUCAUCGAGUUUCCAUACAGAGACUGUUACUUGCCUGAGAUCAAGGACUUUCGUCGCCGAAUGCUUGAGCUUGGCUUGGAAAUACUCGAAGAGGGAGAAGAGAAAGGACGGGACGAUUGGGGCCCGUCAGAGGCAAGCGAAGAUCAAGACGAUGAAGCACUCAACCCUUCUUUCAUCCUCCAAGCCAAGGACAAACUCGUCUACGAAGAUCGACCAAUCCCCGAACUCCCCUCUCCAUACGAUGUCAUCAUCCGACCACGAUGGACCGGUAUCUGCGGCUCAGAUGUGCACUACUGGGUUGAAGGGCGCAUCGGACAUUUUGUAGUUGAGAAGCCCAUGGUCCUCGGUCAUGAAUCGGCUGGUAUCGUACACAAGGUUGGCGACAAGGUCAAGAGCCUGAAAGUUGGUGACGAGGUCGCUAUGGAACCCGGUGUGCCCUGCCGUCGUUGCGUACGAUGCAAAGAUGGAAAGUACAACCUCUGCCCCGACAUGGCCUUUGCCGCGACACCCCCAUAUGACGGCACACUCGCGCGGUAUUACACACUGCCAGAGGACUUCUGCUACAAACUUCCCGAGAAUAUGAGCAUGGAGGAGGGUGCGCUCAUCGAGCCUACCGCUGUCGCUGUACAUAUCACAAGGCAAGCUGCCAUCAAGCCCGGAGACUCUGUUGUAGUAUUCGGUGCCGGACCUGUUGGUCUUCUGUGCUGCGCUGUCGCAAAGGCAUAUGGCGCAAAGAAGAUUGUAACGGUAGACAUCAACGACGAGCGCCUCAAGUUCGCACUCAAGUACGCUGCGAAUGCAAGCUUCAAGAGCCAAAGAGUGAGCGCACAAGAGAACGCCGAGAAUCUGAUCAAGGAGUGUGAUCUGGGAGCGGGCGCAGACGUCAUUAUCGACGCCUCGGGUGCCGAGCCCUGCAUCCAAACCGCGAUCCACGCGCUGCGCAUGGGCGGAACAUACGUCCAGGGCGGCAUGGGUAAACCCGACAUCAACUUCCCCAUCAUGGCCAUGUGCACCAAGGAACUCAACGUCAAGGGCUCCUUCCGCUACGGCUCCGGCGACUACCAAACCGCCAUCGAUCUCGUAGCUGGCGGACGCAUUUCAGUCAAAGAACUUAUUACGGGCAAAGUCAAGUUCGACGAGGCGGAGAAGGCGUUUGCGGAUGUCAAGGGUGGCAAGGGUAUCAAGAUAUUGAUCGAGGGUCCUGCUGAGCAGUAA